GUUGUGGUUGGAGGGGAAGAACAAGCCUUGACGUAAUUUUUUUUGUAGUCACUGUGGGUCACUUGCAGCAGAGGAAAGAAGAGGGAAGGAAUAGCAGUGGAGGAAAUCCCAGAUGAAGUCUGGUCAAUGUGCUGUAAAUAAUUUUAAAAACUCUCGUUUGGAUGUUGUGCAAGAGAGGGUGGCUGAACCCCUUACUUGUUACUGGUCAUAAACGAAAGCUUGAAGAAGAUGAUAUGUAUAAAGUGCUGGCUGAAGAUUCAUCAGAGAGGCUUGGAGAAGAGUUGCAAUGGUACUGGGAUAAAGAGGUGCAAAAAGCUAAAAAAGAAGCAAGAACACCACAUUUAACAAAAGCAAUCGUACUUUGUUAUUGGAAAUCCUAUUUAGCUUUGGGAUUGUUCACAUUGAUUGAGGCGCUUCGUCUCAGUAAUACAGCUUUGGGGAAAACUACCACAGGUCAAAUAGUAAAUUUUUUAUCAAAUGAUGUGAACAAAUUUGAUCAGGCAACCAUUUUCUUACACUUUUUAUGGGCUGGACCUCUUCAAGCUAUAGCAGUAACUGUGCUUCUGUGGAUUGAAAUAGGCCCAUCGUGCUUGGCAGGAAUGGCAAUUCUGAUUAUUCUCCUUCCUUUACAAACUGGUAUUGGGAGGCUGUUUUCUUCACUAAGGAGCAGAACUGCAGCCUUUACAGAUAUCAGGAUUAGGACAAUGAAUGAAGUCAUAACUGGUAUGAAGAUAAUAAAGAUGUAUGCCUGGGAAAAGUCAUUUGCAGAACUAGUUAGCAGUAUAAGAAGGAAGGAGAUUUCCAUGGUUCUUAAAAGCUCCUAUCUUCGAGGAUUGAACUUGGCAUCGUUUUUUGUUGCAAGCAAAAUAACAGUUUUUAUGACUUUCAUGACAUAUGUACUACUUGGCAAUGUUAUUUCUGCAAGUCGGGUGUUUGUGGCGGUGUCACUGUAUGGAGCGGUGAGACUAACAGUCACUCUCUUCUUCCCUGCGGCUGUUGAGAAAGCAUCCGAGGCAAUGGUCAGCAUACGACGAAUUAAGAACUUUCUAAUACUUGAUGAGGUUUCACAGGACAAUCUGCAACCGGAGAACAGCAGUGAAAAUGUCCUGGUAGAUGCUCAAGAUUUGACUUGUUAUUGGGAUAAGAGUUUGGAAAUCCCGACUCUUCAGCAACUUUCUUUCACUGUCAGACCAGGAGAAUUAUUGGCUGUGAUUGGUCCUGUGGGAGCUGGGAAAUCAUCUCUCUUAAGUGCUGUACUUGGUGAACUACCUAGAGACAAAGGUUUGAUGGAUGUUAGAGGAAGAAUAGCUUAUGUUUCUCAGCAGCCCUGGAUUUUUCCUGGUACUGUAAGAAGUAAUAUACUAUUUGGCAGAGAAUAUGAGACAGAAAAGUAUGAAAAAGUUCUUAAAGUUUGUGCUCUUAAAAAAGACAUGGAAAUAUUAGAAGACGGAGACCUAACUAUGAUAGGAGAUCGUGGAGCUACACUGAGUGGUGGACAGAAAGCCCGUGUAAAUCUUGCUAGAGCAGUGUAUCAAGAUGCCGACAUAUACCUCUUGGAUGAUCCCCUGAGUGCAGUAGAUGCAGAAGUUAGCAGACACUUGUUUGAAAAGUGUAUAUAUCAGGCUUUGCACCGAAAAGUCUGUAUUUUAGUGACGCAUCAGUUGCAGUACCUCCAUGCUGUAAACCAAAUUUUGAUUUUAAAAGAGGGUAAAAUGGUGGGGAAAGGGACUUAUUCCGAGUUUCUAUACUCCGGAAUCGAUUUUGCUUCCCUUUUGAAAAAUAAUGAAGAGGAUGAACUGUCACCAAUUCCUGGAACCCCCAUGAUGAAGUUAGCAAGGAACCGUACCUUUUCACAGUCAUCUGUCUGGUCACAAGAUUCCUCAGUGCAUUCACAGAAAGAUGGUGCAACAGAACAGCCACCUGCUGAACCUUUGGUGACUGCACUGCCAGAAGAAACUCGGACUGAGGGAAAAAUAAACUUUAAGAUUUACAGAAAAUAUUUUGCUGCUGGAGCAAACUACUUUGUAAUUUUUAUUCUUUUACUUCUAAAUAUUUUGGCACAGGUUGCUUUUGUGCUUCAGGAUUGGUGGCUUUCAUACUGGUCAAACCAGCAAGAAAAGCUGAAUGUCACAUCACAUGGAAAUAAUGGAAUAAACGAGACUAGACAUCUAGAUCUUGGCCUGUAUUUAGGAAUUUAUGCAGGCUUGACUGUGGCUACAGUACUGUUUGGCAUAUUGAGAAGUCUGUUGGUAUUCACAGUACUUGUAAAUGCUGGUCAAACUCUGCACAACAAAAUGUUUCAGUCACUUUUGAACGCUCCCAUGUUGUUCUUUGACAGAAACCCUAUAGGGAGAAUCCUAAAUCGUUUUUCCAAAGACAUUGGCCAUCUGGAUGAUUUGCUUCCAUUUACAAUUUUGGACUUCAUGCAGACUCUCCUACAGAUUUUUGGUGUGGUAGCUGUGGCGGUGGCAGUGAUCCCUUGGAUGCUCAUCCCUUUAGUUCCACUGUGUAUUCUUUUCAUUUUUCUUCGACGGUAUUUCUUAGACACAGCAAGAGACAUUAAACGUCUGGAAUCCACAACUCGAAGUCCAGUAUUCUCCCACUUAUCAUCUUCUCUCCAGGGACUUUGGACUAUUCGUGCUUUCAAGGCAGAGCAGAGAUUCCAGGAAUUAUUUGAUGCCCACCAAGAUCUUCACUCGGGUUUGUCAUGAGUAGACAUGAACAACUAAAUAUGUAGCUCUCUCAAAGGGAAAUUCUUUCUCCCUCUAGUAUACAGCUUAAAUGCACAGCUCCUACUGAUUUUAAUCUCUCUCUCUCUCUCGCGGGCAAAAUCUCUUCUUUAGUAUAUUUCAUAGCAGUGUGUUCGGUCUUUCUGGAUUUGUAAUAUUCACUUUGUACUCUUGAAUAGUUUCAGGUAUUCAAGGAUGCAUCAUAACAAUAUUUAAGAUAAACAUUUUAAAUUAUACCCAAUACAUAUAUUUAAAGUAUCGUUUUUCCACCACGUUCAGGUGUCUAGACUAAAAACUUGACCUAUAUGAGGGUUGGACUAGAUGAUCUCCUGAUGUCUCUUCCAACUGUUAUCUUCUAUGAUUCUCUAUAUUGGGUUGACUUACACUCACUGCAGUAAUUACUGUGGUGGUGCAUGACCACACUACCCUUAUUGGGUCAGUGGUGUAUGUCGUCACCAGGAGCGCUUCCACCCAUAUUAGAGGGGCAGCUGUGGGGAGCGGCGAAUCCAGUCUCUCAGCUCUGCUGGCUGCUCCCUACUGGGAGCCCAGCUGUCUGCCCAGCCCUUUGGCACCCAGUUCUCUAACAGAAACAGUGAGGAAGCCACUCAGAACCUCUUGCCUCCCUGUUACUUUCUUGGAGUGGGGUCCAGCCACCCAGGCUUCUUGCCCUGAAUCCCAAGCAGAAACAGCUCUCCAAGGGAGCGAGAACAGCUGGGCUCUAGCUGUUUGACUUUCAUGUCAAUUUCAUGGCAAUCUGUGAAACUACCAAGGCAGCUAACAGCCUAUGUAGGUAACACCAUGUACACACACAGCAUUGCAUUUAAUACACCUACGGCUUUUGUGGAGGCGAACUUAUAAUGUCUGUGUAGCUGAGUACUUACAUUGAUGGGAGAAGGCUGUAGAGCAAACAUUGACAUCAUUAGAUUGGGUAUAAGCAGCCUUACACUGACCUGAGGGGGUAGUGUAAACCAGGCCUAAAAACUGUACAAAAAUAUUUAGUGUAAAUUAUUCUCCCGAACAAUAUAGAAAUCUGUUACUCUCUUAGCUUUUUUUAUCUGAGUAAUUUUAAGAGCUCCUGGCCAUGUUAAUCCUGUAGAUUAAUGUAGAUUAAUGUCUUCUU